GAAACAUUACAAUCGGGAAUCGGAGUAAAAGAAAUUGCAAACCAUUUCGACUAGGAAAUUGAUCAGCAAACUAAGCAAAUAAAACUCUAUCAUUAUUUUGUGUGAGAGGAAGAGCAGGCUGGACCGUAAGCUCACUGAAUAGUCUAUAUACAUACUACGAUCCACCAAAUAUCAAAAAGAGUAAACGAAGAACGAUGACUGACCUUAAGUUAACCGUGGCUUUAACCAGCGUGAAUGGGGAGAAUAUGUCCCGACACGAUAUGCUGCAGUGGGUCAACAACAUGGUUCAGGGUCACUUCAAGAAGAUCGAGGAGCUCUGCUCUGGUGCGGCCUACUGCCAGAUGAUGGAGAUGAUCUUUCCCAACUGCAUUAACCUGAAGCGCGUGAAGAUGAGCGCCAAACUGGAGCACGAGUAUCUGCACAAUCUCAGGCUCUUCCAGGAGGCUUUCAAUCGCCUAAAACUGGAUAAAACCGUGCCCAUCGAUCGUCUGAUCAAGGGACGAUUCCAAGACAACUUCGAGUUCCUGCAAUGGUUCAAGAAGUUCUUCGAUUCGCAGGCACCGGGCCUGGAGAACAUCAAGUCCUUGGCCAAUGCACCGGUGAUCAAGCCCAUCAAGCCGCGUGUUUUCGCCAAGGAGCAGUCCCCAGUCAACGCCAGUGAUGAUGCCCUCAAGGAACUGAUUGGGGAAAUGCAGACCCUUAGCCUGCGGAGAGACGACAUUAUGGAGGAGACUAACCAGUGCUUCAACAAGUUGCGCUUGGUCGAGGAUCUGGUGAACGACAUGUUCAACGACGGGAAGCACGUGGAGUUGUGUAAGCGCAUUCAGGCGGUGCUCUACAAGACGAUAGACGGUGGGAUAAACGAGGAACCCAUCGAGGUGAAUCCGGAUGAUGGAAGUGAAGGCGCCAAACCCGCCGAUGAAAAUGAAGGAUUGUAUUAGGAUUUUUUUUUUUGGUACAGCGUUCUGUUUUUAUAAUUAUUGUAUUACGGAUAAACAAAUCCCUUGUGAAUUCA